UAUUCGGUAUUUGUGACUAAAUCAGACAAAUGACAACAGUCGUUGCAGUAGUGGUGGUGAGCAGUGGUGGCGAGUGGUGUGGUGAGGAGAGCGGCGGCGUCUCGAGUGGUCGAGUAUAGUCGUAUAGUUAUAAAUUCAACAGCGCCGUCUCCAACGAUCCUUAAUUAAUUCUUGGACGUGCUAAUCGUGCUAAUAGUGAUUGCUUGUGUUGAAAAAAAAAAAAAAACUCUUGCUCAAACAAAUUUUUAAACGUACAUGUUUGGAGAACAAUCUUUGUGCUGGAAAUAAAUAUCUGGUGUGAAGAAAAUAAAAUUGAAGGCCAGAGGCUUGAAGAAGAAGAGUAGUGUCAUGUAUGACAGUCCGGGCAAUAAAAAUGCAUAUAUGCAAGAAACAACGGACUGUCAGAAAAAUUCACCGAGUACACCGGUGAAGCAAAAUGAGAGGAAACAUCGACACAAUGGAUUUUCGAGCAGUAUCGCAGGUUUUAAUAUGUUACCGGCUCACAUCACACCACCAUCAGGUCUGACCAAGUUCAUCGCGCGAAAUCCCUUUGAUGCUGAUUUGACGAAUCGUCUCCAUCUUUCCGUUAUCAGUCCCACCGUUUUUACCAAGGUUUCUCCGACUACCCGCUCUGAUUCUCCAGCUUUUGCUUGGAGCGUAGAUGAGCUGGCGCUCAUUCAUCCGGCAAAAAUAGAAGAAUUUCCGGUACAGCAAAUGCACUCAACCGAUCCAGAUAUCGAAGUGGUCGCUCAGGCGGCGAUCAAUAAAUUUUUCACCAACAAUCAAAUAAUCCCCAGUCCCUGGAGCGAUGACAAAAAGAAAAAAGUUGACGAGGCUAAUAUGUCAACCCCUGGUCGACCGCUCGAAGAUUUGAACUCUACCAGAGAUAUUCGCAGGAAUAAGAAAGAUUGCUGGAGUCAAACUGUACUAACUCUUCCCCCUAUUUUACCAAAAGAAGUAGAAGAAGCCUUGAGACCAUAUUUGACUUUUAAUCAGGAUCAAAACAUUGACAAUGAAGAUGCAAAUUCGAGCAAUAGUUCGUUAAGACGUAAAUUAUUCUUCAACCACGAUUGCACCGAGGAGGAGGAGGAGGAGGAGGAGGAGGAGGAGGAAGAAGAAGAAGAAGAGGAGGAGUCGGAGAUGGGAAAGAGUUCGUCUUCUUUCUCACGAUCGGAAUUAGACAGAUCCGUGUUACAAUCUAGUCCUCCACAGAGCGGUAUGCUCAUUCAUGGAACUCCUCUCGGGGGACAUUCGUUGGGUAUGCAUCGAAGACACGGAACGCCGUACGCGGGAAAUGUAUCGCCACCGGAUAUGUCACCGAUCCGAAGCAGCGAUAUGUCUCGUUCUCGUUGCCAAUUGGCCGCUCGUCUCGAUUUCACCACAGAGAUGAGUAUAGAUGAAUCUUUGCGACGAGAGGAUGAUGGAUUGAAAAGAAUGGAAGACCUCGAGUUUGAUACGUCGGACGCAUCGAUGAUCUUAUCAAGAAUCGAUCAAGCCGAGAGUGGAAUAUUAAAAGCGGGCGGAUGGACGAAUCGAUCCGUCAGGCGAUCGGUAGACGAAAAUAAAGGAAUCGAGGUAUACAACGAGACCGCGGAAAUGUUGUCGCGCGAAGGGACUCCAUCCAAGAAGGAAGAAAAUAUUUCGUCGUACGUUUCAUCUUACGGGGGAAAAGAAAAUUUCCAAAUAUUGAAAAUAACGAGCGAUCGAUGCCGAAUUAAAUCUUACGAGAGUUAUCUACGAGAUAAAACGAUAUUAGAAAAUUCAUGCGUUGGACAAAAGAGCUACGCACAUUCGGGUCAGGACACGGGUUAUCAGACUCAUAGCGCGAGUAAUAUUACCGGAAAUACCGAAAAUUUUAGUAUUUCCGGUAUAAACGUUAAAAGUUUCAUUUGGAACGACAAAAUUUUGUCGAGCGGUGAGGAAAUAAAAUUGUCCGAUUGGAAGGACAAUAUGAAAAAUAUGUUUAGCUCAACACCUUCGAAAUACUCGAGGCGAAGAGAUAAUUGAACUUGUUCUCGCGUUUUCACGAGUUUUUUUUUAGUUAAUUCUUUUCAUCGAAUUUACCGAGCAUGUAGCGAGGCACGCAGGGAUGAUAAGAGGCGAGAAGCUAUCUCUCUCAUUAUUAUUCUAUUUCGACCAAUGAUUAUAAUCAUUGAUUCCUGCUCCUAACUGUAAAUAAUUCACGCGCAUGUGCAAUUUAUUUCUCAACACGAUUAUAUGCUGGAUCGCGACACCGGCUAAUUUCUCUCCCAAGCUCCUUGUUUUUAUUAGAAAAUGUCGCGUUUAAACUUUCGCAUGCCCCCCCGUAUUCUUUGACCAAGAUCGUACGAGGCAAGUUUGAUACACCUUCUUUAUUUUUCUACUACUUUUUUGAGCUUUCGGUCGCUUUUUUUUUUUUAAAUCAUUUUCAUUACGCGCUUAUGACGAGGCAUUAUCCCGCCUCGGUAUCGUCGUCGAAUACAAUAAGAAGACUGAAUUUUUUUAAUUCUUGUAGCCGCGUCAACGACAACGGCGCUGAGUAUGAUAAAAAAAUAAAUGUAAGAUUAUUCCUUA